GAACUAUCAGUCCAUGAGAAAAAAGCAAUACAAUCUCAUUGGAAAAUCUUUACAGAUGACCUAGUUUUCCAAAGAUCUCCUAGGAAACGUAUUCCAAAAAACUAUUCUGGAAAUAAUGUUGGUUAUGAAAACAUGCAUCCAAGUCUCCUCUUUCGAAUGACGAAAACCGCAGGUCUCCAUCUUGUUCCUAUCAAAAGUUAUUCAGAAAACAAUCGAGUGCCUUGACUUCUGGAACGGAUAGUAGUCAUGAUGACCAUAAAUAUAUAUCAUAUGCAGUCAAUGAAUCUCUUUUUUUUCGAUUCUUUUUGAAUUUUCAAAUGCAGUAGAUCGGCGAUCGCAUUGAUGAUGAGCUCCUAAGGAUCGAUUCAAUCUAUUGUUAUGCAGUAUUUUAUGAGUAACUAAAUGCUGUUUCAAAUCAAAUUCAUAUUUCUUAUUCCGUCAUUGGUAAACUUGUGUAAUAUUCAGAUUCUAAGCACAACACUGACAGCAUGUGUAUUGCCAUAAAUGCAACUAUUAUUCUUCCAUCUCAUACAGUACACAUAAAACAGCCAGAAGUUUAAUACAACUCACACAUUGUGUCACAAACGACGCUUUCCAUUAAUACAUGAUUACGGUCAAAAAACUGCUGUCUAAGUGUUGAAAUACUAUAAAGUGGCUCACUCUCAUGUAGUAUAUUCUUUAUCCCCAACCACACACAGCAUAAUAAGUGACAUAACAGAAAAUCUUAUAUAAGUACAAGAAUAAAUAUCUCCAUUUCCUGAUUUCCUGGUUGUCUAUGAUAUACAUUUAUCGUUUUCCUAGAAAAGGGAAACGAUUAUACUGUGGACGGUACAACUUAGAUAUUAGAGGAAGAUAUAUGAAAGUGAUGGAUUUUAGGUACAUUUCAUGGGUUGGCUAAUCGUUUUCUUCGUAUUCAUCAUAAAAUGGCUGGUUUACGAAAAGAUUUUCUUAUAUUGGAUCCAAGUGAUCAACUAAGUAUAGUACAACAAAUAAUAAAAGAAUUAAAACAUGAUUCAACAGCAAAACAUUCAAAAGCAACCAGUGAUCAUGAAGAGCAUGUCGUACAACAUAAGAAACGUGCUAAUACAGAUGAUUAUGAGCUAAUGGAUGAUGAAAAACCAAAAUCAAUUGUCGGUUAUAUUAAUCGAUGUAAAGAUGAUGGUAAACGGGCAUCAGCCAUUAAUACACGCGAUAUAACCAAUCUACAAGAAAAAUUCAAACAUAAAAUCUAUUUUUUGUACGAAAAUAAAUGUAAAUUGGAGCAUAAAGUGGAUUUUGGUGAAUUAUUAUUAAAAAUGAAAGAAUUAUUGGAACAAUAUCCUGAUUUAAGACGUGUCUAUCAACAAAAAUUUUAUUUUAUUUUGGUUGAUGAAUUUCAAGAUACAUCAAAAAUUCAAUUUGAUUGGUUAAAAUUAUUAUUAAGACCGAAAAAUAAUGAUGAAAAAGCAAAUUGUUUUAUGGCUGUUGCUGAUGAUGAUCAAUCCAUUUAUUCGUUUCGUGGUGCAAAAGCAGCGGAAAAUGUUGAAGCUUAUUUGAAAACAAUGGAAUUAGAUCGAAAUAAUUCAAAACAUGUUAUUAAAUUAGAACAAAAUUAUCGUAGUACAGAUACUGUGUUACGUGCUGCUAAUGCUGUUAUAGCAAAUAAUAAAGCACGAUUAGGAAAAUCAUUGUGGACCGAUAUGAAAAAUGGUGAACGUAUAUCUCUAUGUCAAAUGGACGAUAAUAUUAGUGAAGCAAAAUAUGUUGUCGAUGUAAUUCGAGAAUUUAAACAACAAAAUUCAACAAUACCCUAUUCACAAAUUGCUAUAUUAUAUCGAACAAAUGCUCAAUCUCGUUCAUUUGAAUCAUCGUUAAAUGGUGCUGGAAUUAAAUAUCGUAUUUAUGGUGGCAUUAAAUUUUAUGAACGUACUGAAAUUAAAAAUGCAUUAGCUUAUUUACGUUUAUGUAAUAAUUUGGAUGAUGAUGAUGCUUUUCGUCGAAUUAUUAAUUUUCCAUCACGAUCAAUUGGAAAAAAGACGUUAGAUAAUAUUGAAACGGGUGCUAUAAAUCGAAAAUGUUCAUUGUAUCGAUUUCUUAAGAUGGAUCCAUCGUGUAAAAAACAAAAAAAACUAAGAGAUUUUGUUACGCUUAUCGAUAAAUGUCAUCAAAUGGCUCAUGAUAAAGUUGAUCCACCCGAAGAAGAUAAAAAUGAGGAUGAUAUAAUUGAAUUAGAUGCUGUUAAUGGUCAAGAAAUAUAUCGAAAACCAAAAUCAAAUGCGAAAUUACAUGAACAAGCUAUUUAUGUAUUUAAUCAAGCACAAAUAAUUGACCAUUAUAAAAAGAAACAUGAAAAUGAACGUGUUGAUAAUAUUCAAGAAUUGUGUAAUGCCAUGAGACAAUUUAGUGAUUUAUAUCAAACAAAUGAUUUAAAUGAUUUUUUAAGUCAUACAACACUUGAUAAUUCAUCACAAGAUGGUAAAAUUGAUUCAUCUCGUAUUGAUGCUGUUCAACUAAUGACUGUUCAUGGUUCAAAAGGAUUGGAAUUUCAUUAUGUAUUUAUUGUUGGGUUAAAUGAAGGUUUAUUUCCGUCAUCAUUUUCUGAUACAGAUGAAGAAGAAGAAAGACGUUUGAUGUAUGUUGCCAUAACACGAGCAAAACGUGUUUUACAUUUGACACAUUCACGAAGGCGUAUGCAUUUUGGUGAAUGGAAAAAUUGUCAAAGAUCCAAAUUUCUCAAUGAGAUUCCUAUAGAUUUGAUACGUCAAGUUUAUGAUCCACAAUUGAACUUUAAUAGUAAAAAUGAUGCAACACCAUCACCUCAUAAAAAAAUGAAAACAACAACGACAACAACACCAAUGGCCUUUAUGAGUGUGGCUUUUAUUUUAAUGACAAAUAAUUUAUCAAAUACCAUGCGAACAUAUUGGAAUAAAACUCAAAACGAAGAGAUAUUAAAUAAUACAAUAACAUCCAAUCAAGCCUCGUCUAGUAGAAGGCGACUUCCAUUUUCUUCUUCAAAUAUGUCGUUAACAACUGAUAAUAAUAUUCGUAAAAAAUCUUCGGGAAAUCAUACCAGUCAAAAUACAAAAUUAAAGCCAACUAUAGUAAAUGGACAUACAAAGAGACAAAAUGGUAAUAGUUACAUUAAUGUUGAUACGCCAACAACAACAAAUGAUGAUGAUGAUGAUGAUGAUGAUGAUACUGAUGAUCAACUAACAAACGUUCAAACAUUAGAUGAAACAAAUGAAGCCGAUUUUACACUGGAUACUUCACACAACAACAAUGAAUUGAUAGGAGUAGACAAUCAAAAUAAUCAACAAAUGAUUCACGAACUUCUACAGUCAAAUAUGAAUUUAAAACAUGAAAUAAGAGAUAUCCGACAUCAAAUACGCAAAAGUGAUAAACAAACAAAAUUAUAUACAUCAAAGACAAUUGAUGAUCCAGAAUGUUCAUUCUUACCGGCUAAUAACGAUGAUUCAAUAAGUACAAAUAACGAUAAAAUAUUAAAUAAAUACAAACAAGAAGCAAAUGUAGGUAGUUGACUUCGGUGCACAGGUAUGACUAGGUAUACACUAAUUACAGAUUAGUUAUUUUUGACUGUUAUCUUGAGACAUGCAGGAAAAUUUGUUAUAAUGCGGUUAUUAGAAAUGGCUUCCAGCUGUGAAAUGUCUCGUUUCGUGAAGAAAUGUUUAGUCUAUCUGUUGGUACUAAAUACAAAAUUACAGAAUAAAUGAGAGAAACUUUUUUAAUGAAUUACUGAAGAGACACAAACAAUUAUAUAACUGAUGAUCGGUUAUCAUGUACAGUUAUAAUAUUCUAAAUUAUUCAUGUUUAUGUCAUGAUUAAGUUUAAACUAUUUUUUCUUCUAACAACUACUUAGGGCAUACCAAAAGUAGUGGCAAUGGUACUUUAAUUCCUUAUAGAAAACUUAAAGAAACUUUCUUUCUAUAUAGUUUGAUAGAGAAAAGAAUGCUCUAUUUUUCUAUGCUAGUUGAUCAUA